AUGCAAGUUGUGUCCGACACGGGAACUUCGUUCAUUGCUGCUCCGUUUUCUGUGCUCAAAGGAAUUGUGGCAGCUCUCGGAGCAACGGUGAGCUCUCAAAGAGUAUCUAUCCACUUAUUCACUCUUUUCCAGUACGACAACACCACGAGAAACAACUACGUGCCUUGCGACACAGACAAGGGAACAUUCGACAUUCUGAUCGGAAGCAACACCUAUUCGGUGGAGACUAAAAACUUUAUCAUUGACGUGAGCACACACUUUUCUUGAAAAGGUAAACUUUGAAAAAGUACUUUCAGAUUAACCAAGGGAACACGUGUCUUCUGGCUAUUUCCGGAUUGAGUGGAUACGGAAUUGGACCCACGUGGAUCCUCGGAUCUCCGUUCAUCCGUCAAUUCUGCCACAUUCACGACAUUGGAAAUCAACGAAUGGGAUUAGCUAAAAGUUUGCAAAAAAAUGAAAAACUCUCAAGUACAAAAUAA